ACAAACGAGCGACGGGAUGAUGUAGCCUGCAGUAUUAGCGAGGUCGCUGUACAUCACGUAAUAAGCUAAGCUGAAAGCAGAAGACAACACAGAAUUACCGGAGCAAUGCCUCUUGCUGACAGAUAGAUAAACUGUCCAUUGUACGGAAAACCAUGCCCAGAAAACCAAGAACACCAGCUGUUAGGACAAAACUAGAGUUGGUACAGGUGAAAAUUGGUGAUAAGAACAUUGGCAACAGGACCCUGUCCAAACUGAACCAGCUUAGAACUAGGGAAGACCUGUGUGAUGUCAAGAUAAAGGUACAGGUGGAUUCAGAAGUCUAUCAUGCACACAGAUGUAUUCUCACUGUGAACAGUGACUACUUCAGAGCCAUGUUUGGUGUUGAGAUGACAGAGAGUAGAACCAAUGAGGUGGUCCUGACAGGGACUGUUGAGAGUGAUGCAGUCAGGGAUGUGUUGAAUUAUUUAUACACUGGGAAUUUGUUAAUCAACGCCGAGAAUGUCCAGAGCCUGUUUCUGCUCUCUGACAUGUGGCAGAUGGCUGAAGUGAUCAACUUUUGUACAGAUUUUAUGGAGAAACAGCUUGAUGUCACAAACUGUUUAGGUGUGUACUGCCUGGCAGAAAAGUUUCAGCAGAAGCAACUGUCAGAGAAAGCAGCCAGGUUGGUCAAACAACAGUUCACACUGAUAUGUAGAGAAGAAGAGUUCCUGACAGUUCCACCAGAGAUAGUAGAAAGGAUUCUCAGCUGGGGGGAUAUUUACUUAGGUGCAGAGGCCAGUGAGGAUGAGGUGGUCAGGGUGGUCUGGAGGUGGACAGAACAUGACCAGGAGCACAGAAAGCAGUACUUGAAGUCUCUGCUGUCUCUGGUCAGGUUUUCUGGGGUGUCAAAGGAAACACUGGACUGGUUUAGAGGACUCAGUGUCAUACAAGAGGACAAGGAACUUCAGGAGCUGAUCUCCACUCGUCUGUCAUUCCCAUAUGAGGCCAGGCGUAGACCAGGCUACAUCUAUGUCAUAGGAGGAUACUUACAGUCUAGAACAGGCCCCACUUGUCCUAGACUGAAGACUGUGGAACGUUACAGCACAGAGAUCAGAGAGUGGGACCCCGUGGCCCCCUUACCAGAAACCCCCUCACAUUUAUAUGCUUUGAACACCAGAGGGCGUAUAUACUGCAUAGCUGUCAUGAUAGACAUGGAGUCUACCAUGGCACAGGAGAAGGAAGCACACGGGAAGUGUUAUCACUUUGAUAUCGUGAAGGAGGUGUGGGAGGACGCCACUCACUGUGUUGAGGAGAACGCCAUGCAGGUUUUGGUGAAAUGUUUUAAAGAUGGCGGUGCAAUCACCCACUGUCAAACUUCAGACUGUAUUUACUGUGUGACAGCAGACAGCUGCGUGUGUAUUAAGAUAACGGACUUCCACGGAGAACCCGAGUUCAGGAUAUCUGGGCAAUGGCGGAGCGUGGAGGACUACCGCGAGUUCCACCACCAGGGGCACAGUGCUGUAGUCCUGGGAGGGAAGGUGUACAUGUUAGGAGGGGCAGAUAUGGAGACGAGGGCCAGUGUCCCUAAACCUGACCAGGUAUUCCCCAGCUCCGCCCUGCACAGGUGGGAACUGGACAAGGGGGACAGGUGGGAGAAGAUGGCGUCCAUGAGAGAACCUAGAUCGGUCUGUGCUGUGACUGUCCUGAAUGGCUGUAUUUAUGCCAUAGGAGGCUUCAAUGCCCAUCGUCUGACAUCUGUGGAGAAGUACGACCCUGUCAUGGAGUCGUGGACCACCGUGGCCAGUCUGAACAAACCACGAACACAUUGCUGUGCCGUCACUUUAGAUGGCAAGAUUUAUGUGAUGGGAGGGAAGUCUUACUCCUUCAACCAGGGUGGAGCAAGGAAAGUUCUGUCCUCAGUGGAAGUGUAUGAUCCAGUGUGUGAUACCUGGAGUUAUAUUGAACAGAUGAACCAAGCAAGGUGUUGGUAUGGAACAGUGGUCUUGUAAUAGAACUGGUGGAUUAUGUCAAGAAUACAUGUAGUAGUACAUUAGCUAAGGGGCAUGUACUUAUACAUGGAGCAACAUACAUGUUGCAUAGAUACAUAAAUUAUAUUCAUUCAUUAAAUAAGACAGAAAGCUUUAGACAGAAAGCAUUAUUUUAUUAGAACAAAAUGAAAAACAAAUGUUUUUGAGAGAGAUGCCUUUUCAUCU